UGUUUUGUAUUUGCAGCAAGUGGUUGAAACGGCAAUAAUGAUAAUGUUAUAUCUCUUAUAUAUAAUAUUGAUUCUACCCUUUGACAUUAAUAUGUUGGAUCAAUCUGCAGAGAACUUUAUAAAUACUUUUCCAAAAUUGUCCUGCAGGCCAGAUCUUUGCCCAAAAGAAACAAUUAGUUUGGGUUGCAUUAAAUCAGAGUUUUUUGCCGAAGCUUGCGGCGCUUAUAAUGAAAUUUGGCAUGUCAAUGGUCAAAUGAGACAGGGUAUACUUAGUUCUGUAAAUAUGAUACGCAAUUUGGUUGCCAGUGGUCAAAAUAAUUUUUCUGUGGCUGCUCGCAUGCCACUCAUGCUCUGGGAUCGUAAUUUAAGUCUCUUGGCGAGGGUUGCUUUGCGUCAAUGUGACAGCGAGGGUCGCUAUUGUGCCAAUACAGAGAAAUAUAAUUUUGUGACUACCACUGAGAUCAGCAGUACAUUAAAAAGAAAGCAUUCCUUGCUAAAACAUGUGCUUGGCAGGUUUAUGCCCACGUGGCUUAAUGAUAUCUUGGGCUGCCGAAUGGAUGCUAAUAAUCGUAUAGUGCCAGUGGAUGAAGGUCGCUGUGUGGGUCACUAUGUACCACUUAUCGAAGACAAAGGCAAUCGCUUGGGUUGUGCCUUACGAAAACGUUCUAUACGCGCCAAUAAGACAGAAACGGUGAACCUCCUAUGUCACAUCUCCAGAGCAAAUGUCAACGAUAUGCCACCCUAUGAGAUUGGCAAAACUGCCGGUGAUAAGUGCAUUACCGGCCGCAGUCUUUUGUAUAAAAGUCUCUGUUCCAAAAACGAGAUUGUCGAUGCCAAUGCUGUAGCUCCUAAAGAAUAAAAUAUAAUAAUUUAUCUAUCUCUAUGGCCAAAUGGUCAAUUGUGUGACAAAUUAAA